UGGAUUCACAAGCUCCGGUGUCUUGAGAGAUAUUUUUGAGUUGACUAUUUUUUUGUCAAAUAUUUCUACUACAUAAUUGGCGAGCUUUGCCAAACAAAAGCGGCCGCUUUUAAAAGUCGCAGUUGGUGAGAGAAAUAGAGAGAGAGAGGUGAGGGACGUGCGUGUGUCAAGAGGAUUUCCAUUGAAAUGGAGUGCUUCAGUAUUUUUGUUCGUUUCAUGUUGGUAAGCGUUGCCUCUGCUGGGAUAGAUGGAAUACAUUGGACAUAUACAGAAGGGGCGCAGGACCAGAUGCACUGGGCAGAGCACUAUCCUGCGUGCGGCGGCCGGAGACAGUCCCCGAUUGACAUCCAGCGGCGGAGCGUGCGUCACAACCCCCGCAUGCUGCAGCUCGAGCUCACCGGAUAUGAAGCUCAGAAGGGCAACUUCCUCAUGAAAAACAACGGACACUCAGUUGAAAUCGUCCUCCCUCCCAGCAUGGUGAUCACCAAGGGUCUCCCUGCGGGCUACACGGCCGUCCAGAUGCACCUCCACUGGGGUGGCUGGGACCUGGAGGAGAGCGGGGCAGAACACACCCUGGAUGGCAUCAGAUACAUGGCAGAGCUCCACGUUGUUCAUUAUAACUCUGAUAAGUACAAGAGCUUUAAAGAGGCCAGCGACAAGCCUGAUGGACUGGCAGUUCUAGCCUUUUUCUAUGAGGACGGACAUUUUGAGAACACCUACUACAGCGAUUUCAUCAACAACCUGGGAAAAGUCAAGUACGCAGGCCAGUCCAUGAACAUAUCCACCCUCAACGUGCGUUCCAUGCUGCCUGAGAACCUGAACCAUUUCUUCAGGUACCAGGGCUCUCUCACCACCCCUCCCUGUUACGAGAGCAUCCUGUGGACCGUGUUCGACACGCCCAUCACUCUCUCUCACAACCAGAUCAGGAAGUUGGAAAGUACUCUGAUGGACAUGGACAAUAAGACUUUGUGGAAUGAUUACCGCAUGGCCCAACCUCUCAACGACCGCGUGGUCGAGUCCUCCUUCCUGCCUCGCCUGGGGAAAGGCACGUUCUGUCGCCAAGAUGAAAUCGAAUCAAGGCUUCUGAAGAUCGAGGGUCUGAUUACUUCUCUUGGAAAACACAUACAUUCAAGUGCAAUUGGGAAUGCAAGGCCUUCCAAACAAGAUCCCAGAGCGAUGUUUCCUCUGGUGCUCCACUUCCCAGAGAGGAACUCAGAGAGUUAUGCCCUGGCCCACCUACCUCACCCCAUGGACCUGCACUCCUUCACCGCCUGCAUGCACCUGAGGACACACCCUGGAGGGGUACACACUGUCCUGUCAUACUCCAGCCAGGGCCACGACAACGAACUGAUGAUCACCAUGGGAUAUGAGGUGGGUCUGUGGAUCGGCAACGAGUUUGUCAACCUGCCACACAACUUCCACUCCCGUGACUGGGUCAACUACUGUGUCACCUGGUCGUCCCACUCCGGGGGGGCUGAGCUGUGGAUCAACGGGCUGGUGGGGGAGGAGCAGUACCUCCGUAGGGGAUACACAGUCAGCCCAGCAGGGGUCUUCAUCCUGGGCAAGGACCAGGACGGCUUCCUGGGGAUUUCUGACACGGACGCCUUCUUGGGUCAGAUGACGGAUGUCAACGUGUGGGACUAUGUUUUGAGCUCGGCUGAGAUCCAGGAACAGAUGUCCUGUGAGAACACCACCUCUCCCAGGGGGAACGUGUUCAGCUGGGGGGUCACUCCUCUGAGUCUUUAUGGGGGGGUGCAGCUGGAGACAGACUACAGGUGUCCCUGAGA